GCACAUCGUUCACUUCCCGUUUCCUGACAGCUGCACAACAACGUCAGGAAGUCAUCCGAGCUCCUGUAUUUCACUCAUUCAUCGGAGCUUUAUUCUCUUCUGUCUCUCUCCGGGGUCUCUCCAUGCGCGCUCCCGGGUGUGUGGCGCUGUUGGUUUGGCUGCUGAACGAUGCGGCGGCUCGUCAGUUCACGGAGGAGGAGAUGUCUGGGAUCAGACAGCGCAUCAAGUCCAUGUUCUACCACGCCUACAACAGUUACCUCGACAACGCCUUCCCCUACGACGAACUCCGCCCGCUCACCUGUGACGGACAAGACACCUGGGGGAGUUUCUCACUCACUCUGAUUGAUGCUCUCGACACUCUGCUGGUUCUGGGAAACCGUACAGAGUUUGAGCGUGUGGCGUCACUGCUCCAAGACACUGUGGACUUCGACAUUGACGUCAAUGCAUCAGUGUUUGAAACCAACAUCAGAGUGGUGGGUGGUCUGCUGUCAGCCCACCUGUUGGCAGGGAGAGCCGGGAUGGAGCUGGAGUCCGGUUGGCCCUGUUCAGGACCGCUGCUGAGGAUGGCAGAGGACGCCGCCAGGAAACUGCUACCUGCGUUUCAGACUCCCACCGGCAUGCCGUACGGCACCGUGAACCUGCUGCACGGCGUCAGUCCCACCGAGACGCCCGUCACCUGCACUGCUGGCGUGGGAACCUUCAUCUUGGAGUUUGCCACACUGAGUCGGCUGACUGGAGAUGCGACGUUCGAGAACGUGGCCCGCCGAGCUCUGAGGGCCCUGUGGAAGACCAGAUCUGACAUUGGACUGGUGGGGAACCACAUUGACAUUGUGUCCAAGAAGUGGGUGGCUCAGGAUGCCGGCAUUGGCGCAGGAGUCGACUCUUACUUUGAGUAUCUGGUGAAAGGAGCCAUCAUGCUGCAGGACGAGGAGCUGCUCAACAUGUUCCUGGAGUACGAUCGAGCCAUUCAGAACUACACUCGUUUUGAUGACUGGUACCUUUGGGUGCACAUGCAUAAAGGAACCGUCUCCAUGCCUGUUUUCCAGUCUCUGGAGGCUUUCUGGCCCGGCCUGCAGUCUUUGUUGGGGAACCUGGACAGCGCCGUGAGAACCUUCCAGAACUAUUAUUCAGUAUGGAGACAGUUUGGAGGUCUGCCUGAGUUUUACAGCAUCCCCCAGGGAUACACUGUGGACAAGAGAGAGGGAUACCCACUGAGACCAGAGUUGAUAGAAAGCGCCAUGUACCUGUUCAGAGCCACAGGUGACCACACCUACCUCCAGCUGGGCCUCGAUGCUCUGGAGUCCAUCGAGAGAAUCGCCAAGACGCCCUGUGGAUACGCCAGUGUUAAAGACCUGCGAGAUCACCAGCUGGACAACAGGAUGGAGUCCUUCUUCCUCGCUGAAACCAUCAAGUACCUGUACCUGCUCUUUGACCCCACCCACUUCCUGCAUGGCGGCGGGACAGAGGGAGAUGGGUCUUGGGAAGAGGGCGGUGAGGGGGGGCAGUGUGUUUUAGGUGCGGGGGGGUUCAUUUUCAACACGGAGGCCCACCCUCUCGACCCGGCGGCGUUGUACUGCUGCAGCCGCCACACUCAGGACCGACGGGAGCUCCGAGACAUCCUGAUCAACCUGUCGCAGCACGACCGCCAAUCAAAACAGCCCACCAAGGAGACGGAAGGCCCUGCCCCCGAAAGCAUUGCUCUGAAACCAGGCGAGAAGAAGACGCCCCCCCUGCUGUCCUGUCCCGUGCAGCCGUUCAGUGCUCGGCUCUCCAUCCUGGGACAAGUCUUCAGCGAUAACACCUGACACUCAGCAUCCUGGUUAAAUAUCUUGAUUCAGCCACUGAUCUGAAACAGUUGAUUUUUCAGCACUGGAGUUACGGCCGACACGUUUCCCGUCUCGCUGUUUUUCUCGUCACUUUAUUUGCUGAUGUGUGAAAAGACAUUUUCAUAGCACGUCAGUUUUCAGGGAACUCAGACCAACAGGCAUAUUUUAUUGUCAGACACCAGGACAUUUGGAAAUCACAGCUGGAGUUUUAGGUUCAUAUUUCAAAACCUGUUUCCAACAAUCAUUCCUAAAUAGACUGACCACUGUCUUUAGAGACGGUUAUGUUCUGUGUUGUGAUGAAGGCAUUCAGGACCAGUGAGCCAAGAACUCGACUCGAAUGUUCUCUGCUGACUGUUGCUCUAAUUUAAAUUGAAGGUAAAAUAUAUUUUUAUUUAUUAGAAAAGUUGAGGUGUUUUCAUUUGUCAUAUUCUUAUUUGCUUUGUGUCAGUGUGUAAUUGUUGUCUUCAUAGUGAAGACUGGGGAAAAAUAAUAAUUUUCAAAUAUUUCCUUCUAUCCUGAUUGUAUUUGUUAUUUUUUUCUGUGGAGCUGAAAUCUUCAUAUGAACAAGGGGGGAAACAUUUCUUUAAGAGAUGGAACAGUACUAUGCUGGGAAAUGGUAUUACAGUUUCCUCUGGAGGGUCUGCAAACAGGGAAGCUGAAAUUUAUCAAUGAAGGUAAGAGCAGGAGCAAAGGAACCAAAGUCUAAAAAGCAGGGAUUCCAAUAGAAACUACAAAAGCACUGAAAGCUGCUAAGAAUGUUGUGAAUAGAAGUAAUAGAAAAUAAACAAGAGGUCACCUGCACAGCCACUAACUAUCAGGGGCCUUUUUAAAAAUAAACACUUUCUGACCAGAAGUAAAGAUCAUAAUAAACCUCUGUGGAGCUCCAUACCACACAAGAAAAACUGAACAAGAGUCAAUCAGACACCGAUCAAGGAUCUAAACAUCUUGGAGUGACUCAAACCUUUGCAGUUCUGCACAUACUGAUCCCAACGUCACCAAUGAAUGUCCACAAUCAAACGCUAAAGUUAAAGACUACUAUUUAUAAUAUUUUACAACAUGCAGCAGUGUGAGCUCCAACAGGAGACCAUCAUUAUGUUACUAGGUUCACUUUGUGAUCAUUUGUAGGCUGCAGCUGUGUGAUACUGUGGAGCCACCAGCAGGGGGCAGUACAGGAACUGUAUACAGAGCCACAGUGUUGGGCCAUCAGAUGAAUCUGUGGUUCUGAACGGAUCAGGAUCCUGCAGGAACCUCCUCUCUCUUCUCUGGAGAAUCGUUUGGGUUGGAUUGUGAAACAGUGACUUUUAAUAUUCAUUCAUUUCUCUUUUUCUGAUAUUUUUCAUAUAUUUUCAUGUGAAAGACUAAACAGUUUUCAGCUUCCAAGUCUCCAGGCAUAAUUCCCUCUUUAUAAUUCCUCAAUCAUUGUCUAGGGAUGCAAAUAAUACAAUAAUUACUGUAACUUGAUAUUGACACUAGGUAAAAGUUAGAUCAUCAGCAAAUAAAUUAGAAAAGUGAAAACUCACCUUCAGGAGCCAAAGAAAUAGUUUCUAAGGGCCAAAUAGCUUUGAAGAUGAGAACAUCUGCAACUGUUCUGAUUCUAUAGGAAAAGACACAAAAAACAAACUUAUUAAUGACAAAAAAAGACAGUGGAACGCAGUAUUAAUCUAAAGUUAGAAUUCCCGUGUUACUUUGAAUUAAUGGUUUCUGAUCUAUCCAUCUUUUCUCCCACACGAGCUGAAAGGUUCAGAACCACUAGUUUUAAUUACAGACUCCUUUACAACCACACAGUUUUAGUGAGGAAGCAGAUGAGUCAAGUCAUUCAGGGUUGAGCCUGAUAAAUAUUCACAACACAGAGAACAACAACAACAACAGACAUGUCAAGACUAAAUGUCCUAAUGUCUCCUCAGGUCACUGAGCUACACCACCAGGUGGUAACUGUCCCGUCUACCUGAUUAAUCAGUUUGUGAAACCUUCUUUUUGUUGGUGGAAUCGAGGAGUCAUCUGUUACACACAUUUGUACGAUUCAAGUUGUUACGACCACAAAGACACAGAGUUGAUGGAGAGAGAACAGGGAGGCAGCAGGACAUGGGCUUCUGGUUGUGCCACGCUGAGAGUUCAAGACCUGUGGUGACUGAGCUUUUGUUGCCUUGGUCCCGUGGUUUAAAAUCUAAUCUCAGGACCUGUUUUUUAUUCUCUCAACAUUCGUUUCUUGUCUUCAUGUAGUCAUAUGCUUUUGUUGUUGUAUGUUUUCAUUUGCAGCUUGUGAAGCACUCUGUAAUCCUUCUUUUGAAACGUGCUACAUAAACAGAGAUUUACUUCCCGCAUUGAAUGUUAACAAUAAAAUUAUUGAUUAAUGAGUUUUA